AUGCACCGAGCCGCCCGCCCGAUCAACUAUGAGCUGACCGAAUUGGCACGCGAGCUCGACACCGCACCCAUCGAAAAUCUUUCGGAUGGAGGCGUGAGUCUGGCCUUCCCUGAGGGUGGCCGGGAUGCCUGGACCUGUCUAUUGGGAUCAUUCCUGAUCCUCUUCCCUUCUUUUGGAUUCCAGACAGCAGUUGGAGUAGUCCAAGACUAUAUCAGCACUCACCAGCUCGCUGAGUACAGCGUUCGUGAUGUGGGUAUGAUCACUGCGGUUUUGGUCUUCCUGACUCUCUUCCUUGGAGUUCAAGUCGGGCCACUGUUUGAUCGAUAUGGACCACGAGGCCUAUUGUUAUGUGGCUCGCUCGCCAGCUUUUCCUCGUAUAUGCUUCUUGCGCAAUGCUCCAAGUACUGGCAUUUUAUACUUUGUUUUAGUAUCCUUGGUGGUAUUUCUUCUGCGGUUGUGACUACUGUCGCCAUCGCUGCCCUCAGUCACUGGUUCUACCGACGUCGUGCACUUGCAUCCGGGAUCUGUAUGGCAGGCUCGUCAGCUGGCGGCGCCAUUAUCCCACUAGUCCUGCGAACACUUUUCCAGAAGUAUGGCUGGACAUGGUCAAUCCGGAUUAUUGCCUUCAUUGCCUUGGCCUGUUACGCCACAGGGAUCAUGCUCGUAAAGGGACGGCUCCCAGUCAGCACGCAAAGUCGAGCAAUCAUUGACUUUCGUGCAUUCAAGUCGCCGCGACUCUGCUUUCUGGCUGUCGCUGUAUUUGCCUUCGAAUUUAUCAUUUUUGGAUGCGCUGCGCUGCUCCCCACCUAUGUCCGCUACACUGGUCUUUCACUUGACGUCCAAUUCUACUCGCUCACGGUUCUGAAUAGCAUGAGCCUUGUCGGAAGAAUUAUUCCAGGGUUUGCAGCCGACCAAAUUGGCCGCUUUAAUAUUCUCCUAUCAUUGGUGGUGAUUACCUUGGUGGUCAUGGCGGGCGUCUGGUUACCCUAUGGAGCGCACAACGAAGCUACCCUUUAUGCUGUUGUUGCUAUCUAUGGGUUCGGAUCUGGUGGAUGGGUUUCUCUCGCCCCUGUUUGUGCAGGCCAGCUCUGUCGUACAGAAGAAUACGGUCGUUUCUACGGUACUAUCUACUGCGUGGCAGCGUUCGGGGUUUUGUUGACUGUGCCAAUUGGAGGAGAAUUGAUUCAAGCGACCACGCCUAGGGCUCUCGUGGGAUUUUACUCUGCAGUGCUAUUUAUUGGGUUGGUUAGCAUUACGCUGUCUCGUUGGGCAGUUUUGGAUUGGAACUGGAAAUGGAAGGUAAAGGUGUAA